GAGGGGACCGGAAAUCCUUCCCCUCUCGGAGGCAACCGGAAGAGCAGAAGCUGUUCUUCCCCCUUCCCCCCUUCCCCCAAGGGAAGGCUCUGCGAAAGUGGGGCUGGGGGGGUGAGGAGGUGACUUCUCUGCUGGAAGUCACUAUUUCCCAAGUUCCAGGGUCUUUCCCCUGUGGGCUGAACAACAGUUAAAAAAAAAAAGUUAUACACUAGGGGAAACAAUGGCGGAAGUCUCUCGAGCUCUAACGAGCUCCGCAGCCAGCCGGGAAACACGCUCCGAAAGUAGAUUUACGUGCCUGUAUAUUCCUCUCUGCCCCCUCCCAGCAUCCUCGUUCUUUCCGUUGUUUUCGGCUUUCAACCAAUCCGGAAGGCUCCCUGAACCGACCAAUCAAAAGACUCCCUGUGGCAAUCUACCAAUCAUGAGGUGGAGGCGGGAAAUUUGAGUGUCCCGGAGGUGGACUGUCAGACUUCAUUUUGAAAAUUGGGCGUUUCCGGUUUGGGAGGAAGAACAGAGUUUUAGAAAUUUUUUUUUUUUUUAGUUUUCUCAGGUCCUUUUUUUUGUUAGGAAAAUCCAUUUCACAGGAUGGCAUCUUUAUCAGUUCCUAAUCACUACAGAAGGGAUGCAAGCACAGAAAUGAUAAGAACAAAAGUUGCUCACCGGAAAUCAAUUACAUGGAAGGAAAACAGACAUAAGAAAUAUGAACAGAACAGACACUUUGGCUUACUAGAUGUCAAUACCACAAGUCUAGAAGAGAGAAAUCUUCCUCAGUUGGAUGAGACCAUUGACAACAUUCUGGAAAAGGACAAUGUCAAGCCAAAGUCAACUCUGAAUAGUCUACGUGAACUGCUUAGUAAUCAGCGAAAGGAGAUGCUUCAGCAGUAUAAAGAGCGAAAGCAGCUUCAAAAAAUGAAAGAACAGCGAGACAGAAUGAGAGGAGGAGUAUUUAAAGUUGGGCUUUACAAACCGGAUCCACCACAGUUUCUUAGAGGUCUUCCAGGACAGAAGACGGUGAAACCUGAACCAAAGAAGGCUAUUCAGACCUCUGAAUGGAUCACAAGGUCAAAGGUCAAGGACAAAAUGGAGCAGCAACCAAAGGUUUUUCAGACCUCUGUACGGAUCACAAGAUCAAAGGUGAAGGACAAACUAGAGCAACCAAAGAUCUAUGUUGACCAGGUCAAUAAUGGGCACAAUAUGGAAGCAGUCCAAGCUGGCCAGAAGCCAACUUCUGAACACCAGUCUAGCAAAGAAAGGAAAGUUGUAAAACCUGAUAUGAGAGUAACCAGAUCAGCUACCAUAGCAGCAAAACAGAUCCCUAAACCAACUUCAUCUGUUGCAAUGAGAAGGCCUAUACCAAAACUUAUCAGUGAAAACCAACUGGAAAGAAAAGCAUCAACUGAAGAAAGACCUCCUCCAAAGACUGAAGUUAAAGUUGACAAAGGAAAGAUCCUUCCUUCUAAAGCUGGUGGUGAAGAAAAUUCCUCAAAAGAUGCACUUACUGAAGGACCUUCUCAUAGCUUUAAAAAAUCCCCAUCAGAAGAAAUUGCUGAAUUUCUUGGAAAAGAAUACAUACCUGAGAAAAAUGUUGCUUCUCAAGUGAGAAAGAAGUAUUCCUUUGCACCUGAAAAUUUUCGUUUCCAACCACCAGAUAGUCUGGUGAACUACAGAAUAAAACUCAUUUCCCCACAAAGGGAAUGUGUGGCACCUAGUUGUUUCUGGAGUCCUUUAGAAGUUAAAGAUUAUCACUCUCAGGAAUCCAAAAGAGAAACUUUGAAAGAAAAUAAAGUUGACUGUAAUGCCUCAGCUCAGCCAGAUUUGAUUGAUUUACAAAGUCCUCCCAAACCACUGGAAAUUCUGCAUAAAGAUUGCCUUUCAAAUAAAAAUGGAGAUACUACAACGAUUUCAGAUAACCUCCCAUUGAACACACAGAUCCCUUUGCUUGAAAUAAAUGAACAUCAAACGGCACCGCCACAGCAUGAUGUACAAUAUUUCCGAAAUAUUCUUCAAUCGGAAACUGAGAGAUUAACAGGAUUCUGCCACGACUGGGAAAAGAAACUUACGCUGGAUAUUCCUGAUGAUGCCCAAGACCUCAUUCGAACGACUAUUGGUCAAACAAGACUCCUCAUAAGUGAAAGGUUCAAACAAUUUGAAGGGCUGGUGAAUGAUUGUGAUUACAAUUGUGGCCAAAAGAAGAUUACCUGCAUGGAUCUGGAUGGGUUUUGGGAUAUGGUUAAUUUUCAAGUGGAAGAUGUGAACAAAAAAUUUGAAAAACUGAGCAAACUUCAAGAAUCAGAAUGGCAGGAAAAAAAUACGAUAAACCAAAAAGUUAUUCGGAAGAAAGCUGUCCCAGUUGAAAAAUGCAAGUCAAAACAGGAUGAUGCUGCAAGAACAGCAGCUCGAAAUCGCCUGGCUGCUAUAAAAGCCUCAAUGAAAGAAAAAAUUAAACAGGAAGAACCUUCAUUGGAGAUAGCAGUUCCUGGGGUCUCAAAAGCAAAGGAAAUUGACAAGAUAGUUUUUGAUGCUGGGUUUUUCAGAGUUGAAAGCCCAGUUAAGUCAUUCUCAGCCAUCAGUGCAUCUAAAGAAGCUGUACAUAGUAAAUCAGAUGAUCCAGCUGAAUACAAAACACCUGGGAAUAAGAAAAGAAAUCUUAUUGAAGGAAACUGGACCAAGCUAUGUUCUCCCUCAUAUCAGUAAUGUAAAAAAAGCUACAACAAACCCUGAGUGAACACUGUCAAAGCCUUUCAUUAAUAUUUUGUAAGCCGCUGUUUUCAGAGGAUUACAGGUUGGCUAAGAAAACCUUUGUCUGAAAUUGACACUGAUCGGCCUGGAAAUGUUACUUAAGUACAUUAACAGAAAGAUUUCAUUGAUCAUUGAAAUUGGAUCUUUAUUUUCAUUGUUGUUCUUUUUCAUGUUAGAGUGAUUGUAUGUGGUAAGAUAUUUUCACAAAUAGUAUUAAAGGGUGAAACUACUUCUA